AUUUUUGCGUUUUUAGCCCUGAUGUGUUUCAUCCUGGCCAUUGGAAACGGCAUCUGGGAACACGACAAGGGCUAUUACUUCCAAGUCUACCUGCCCUGGGCAGAUGGCGUAACCUCAGCUCCCUACUCUGGGUUCCUCAUGUUCUGGUCUUACGUGAUCAUUUUGAACACCGUGGUGCCGAUUUCACUCUACGUCAGUGUAGAGAUUAUACGCCUGGGCAACAGCUUCUACAUUGACUGGGACCGUAAAAUGUAUUACCCGCUGAAUGAUACGCCAGCCCAGGCCCGCACCACCACCCUCAAUGAAGAGUUGGGACAAAUCAAGUACAUCUUCUCGGACAAAACAGGAACUCUCACUCAGAACAUCAUGGUUUUCAACAAGUGCUCCAUUAAUGGGAAAUCCUAUG